UCAGAUAUCAGUGCCGUGCGCGCAGCUCUCUGGAUUAGGACGCAACAGCUGUGUGACUUUGAUUGUCUUUUUCCUUUCAUAUCAAAAACGAGCUUUUAAAGCAAUGAGAGCCUGGCAGGUCUGGUUCGUGCACUUCUUAGUGUUAAAUGGAGCUGUGCACUGCGUGACGUCUUUGGAAGAAGAGUUCUCCGAUUCUAUUUUCGGAAACUUCCUGGAACCUCUCAGAGACUUGCUGGACCACAAGGACGACGGCAACGCGACGGUUGCCAAAUUCUCCCUCCGCAAGCCGUCCCACCCCGACGAUGACCUGUGCUACAUCACUCCCGGUGACCCCGGCUCCCUGGCGGCCUGCACCUUCAACAGCACCUCCAAAACCUUCCUGGUCAUCCACGGGUGGACGCUGAGCGGUAUGUUCGAAAGCUGGAUGCCCACGCUGGUGUCGGCGCUGUACGAGAGAGAGCGCACGGCCAACGUCAUCGUGGUGGACUGGCUCAGCUCGGCCCAGAACCACUACGUGGUGGCGGCCCAGAACACCAAAGCAGUGGGACAGGAGAUCGCUCACUUCAUCGACUGGAUCGAGGAAACCACCAACAUGCCUCUAGACAACAUCCAUCUUAUAGGCUACAGCCUCGGGGCUCAUGUGGCCGGAUUUGCCGGCAGCCACGCGUCGAAUAAAAUUGGAAGAAUAACUGGCCUGGAUCCAGCAGGUCCUGACUUUGAGGGUGAGCAUGCACACAGGCGCCUCUCUCCAGAUGAUGCUCACUUUGUUGAUGUCCUCCACACCUUCACACGUGGCUCUCUUGGUCUCAGCAUUGGCAUCCAGCAGCCUGUCGGCCACGUGGACAUUUACCCCAACGGAGGCAGCUUCCAGCCAGGUUGCAACCUCAGGGGGGCCCUGGAGAGGAUCGCCAAUUUUGGGAUAUUUGCCAUCACGGACGCGGUCAAGUGCGAGCACGAGCGCUCCGUCCACCUGUUCAUCGACUCGCUGCUGAACGAGCGGCAGGCGUCCACGGCCUACCGCUGCGCCAGCAGCGACGCCUUCGACCGCGGCGUGUGCCUGAGCUGCCGCCGGGGGGGCUGCAACGCCGUGGGCUACGGCGUUAGCCGGGUGCGGCGGGCCCGCGGCGUGCAGAUGUACACCAAAACCAGGGCCAGCAUGCCCUUCAGGGUUUACCACUAUCAGCUGAAGAUCCAUUUUUCCAGUAAGAUCAAUGUUUCGGAGAUGGAGCCGUCGCUCACCGUCUCGCUGUUUGGAACCAAAGGAGAGGCGGACAACCUGGAGCUCAAACUAAAAGAGAGACUUGUGACAAACAAGACCCAUUCAUUCCUGCUGGUGACCGAAAAGGACAUCGGUGACCUGCUGAUGUUGAAGUUCAAAUGGGAGGAGACAAACAGCUGGUCGGCCUCCAGUCUGCUGAAGAUGGUCUCCUCCUGGUGGUCCGGAGACUCAGACGCCGCCAACAUGGAGGUUCACAAAAUCCGCAUCAGAGCUGGCGAGACGCAACAGAAGAUGGUGUUUUGUGUAAAACACCCAGAUUCAAACGACUUAACUCAGGAGGUCACGUUUGUGAAAUGUAAGGAUGCGUGGCGGAUGAACCCAAAGCGAAAAAGAGUUACUCUGAAGCAACGCUGACCAUAAAGACGAGACACUGUUAAACACCUUUUUCUGACCAAUUCAGCACUUAUCAGAUAAUUUAUACACCCGUUAUGCAACUGUACAUUCUCCAAUUCUAGAAAAUCUUUACCACCUUGUAUAUAUCCGCAGAUAUUAUUUAAAACAAUUUAUAUAUGAGUGUUGUACAAUAUUUUGUAAAUAGCUGUUUUUGUGACACCUAACUGUACAUUUAUGUUGUUCUAAAAGUAAAUGCAAUUUACUAUGGUGCUGCAUUUGUGAUCUUAAUAAAAUCUAAGUCAGGUCAGGCCGCAUUCACAGUGGUGUUUUUAGUCAGAAUGCUCUUUUAUAGCAAAACAAUAUCAAUCUUUGCAAGUUUUGGAGCUUAGUUUUUUUCAUAUAUAACAUAUCUAAAUUCUAACUACAUCCACAUAAGUUUAAGCAAUAGGGUACAAUCACUUUACCUGAUGUUAAACAAUAUAUAUCUACAUGGAAAGCAUUCACCACUGAAGCUCCCAGCAUUGUGUACGACUGUAAAUGGACCUUUUCUUAAAUUUACACUUUUCUAGCUGAUUUUCACCUCAGUGUGACUGCUGUUUGACGUUUUCUGAUGCGCUCAAAGCAGCAAAAGCUGUCGUCUAGAGUGCUUUUGCCUAGUUUGUACUGUUACUGUACACCUCCAAAGAUGUGAGGUGGACUCUCAAUGUCUUCUGUCUGAGCAUGUGAUGCCCAAUGUCAGGUUAAAAGCAAGGGAAAGGUCAAUUUUUUGCUUUUCGUGCUAUUUUUUUUUCAAUGAAUGCUCAUCCAUUCAAAUUGCAUAUCCAGUUCUUUGUGCACAGUGUAAUCCUCAGCGGUAUAGAGAUCGGUACUGUAAUCAUUGUGACGUUUAGAAAGCUUCAAGGCUUUACUUUUGCACUGAGAACCAAGGGAUAUUUAGCUAAACCAGGGUAAUUGUAGAUCACAUUUAUGUUAAUGUCAUGAAGCAUAUUUUCCUUUGAGGUGCACUGUUAGAGUUAUUUAUUUUUACUUCUGUAUGAUUCUAAUCUUUCAAACGUUCAUUUCUGUCAUUCUUUGUACAUAUGUGUAAAUACAAACUGUCCCUGUGUUGAAAAUUCUUUAAUAAAACCAAACUUUGCCACC